UUACAGUUCUCAAAGAAUAACUAUGUAACAUUAUUUUAGCUGACAUCAAAGAGUUAAGUCACCUGUACAGUUCAACGGAAUUCGCCGGAUGUUCGUAUUACUGUGUAAGUUGCAAGAAUUUGAUAUAUAAGCUUACUGAAUUCGUUAAAUAUUAUUCAGUCUUCUACCAGCCAGUCUUCUACAAGCUGAGUAACAACAACGUCUUGUACUAAAGUCAAUUUUUUAAUAUCAUCAUGUGCUCAUCUCUAUCUGAAGAGGCCCGCCUGGAGCUACAAGAGAUGUGCGAGGAAAGUGGUCCUGCAAUCGACGCCGCCAUAAAUGAAGCAAUAUCUGAUGAACAACUUGAUUUCGCCAUCGACGCAAUUAUCGAUAUGGAGGCUUCGGUGCCAAGCGGUUCAUCAAAGGCGGCGGCGGCGGCUAAAAGAAAGAUAGAGGAUGACGAUGAUGAUGAUUUUCAAAAUCCUCCGGCAUCUCACGAAGCUCCACUUCCUUCCAGAGGCAAAAAUAUGCAUCUGGCAAGGAAGAACAUGAGGCCAUCUUCGUCCGUCCGGUCGCUGUCACCAACGCUGUCCACCUCUUCAUCCACCACCUCGGACGAUUCCGAGGAUUGGUUAGAAAUUAUAAAUGAAGAGUUGCAGCGGAGGGCGGAAUUCCGUCAGCGAGUGGACGGAAAAAUGAAUAAUAUAAAGAAGAAAAUUAAAAGCACCGAAGACCUCAUACCCCGCGCCAAGGGGGAAAAAAGUCACUGA